CAGCGACUGGAGGCUGAACGCAGUCGGACGCUUCGUGUGCAACUUGCAGCUGCGCCGACGACGGACGCGACGGACGCGAUGGACACGGCGCCCAGCAGCUCCCCUGGUGCCGGCAGGGUGAAGAGGAGUAGCUUUGAGCAAAAGUCAUAAAAAAAACAUUUCUACAUAAUAUAACAUAUUAUUGUCCACUUAUCUGAUGUUACAAUAACAUCAGAUAAGUUCCCUCAGCGUUGUUAGUGUCAAAUUAGACACUAACAAUAAUUUUAUCAUCUCCAUUGGUCUCUACUUAUCUCAGCUCCUUCCGUCCUCCGAAGGUUUAAGCAAAGUAUCUAAAUAACUAAAUCACUAAAUAUUUAAACCAUUAGAUACUGGAACCCCCCCUUGCAGCAUCAGCUUCACUCACUCUUUGCCAGCUUUUAUUUGCUAGAUUGAUCUCAGGAGAAAGAUCCUUGAUGCUGAGCAGCAGCAACACACAAAACAAGAGCUCGCAGGUAAAUUAUUUACAGCAACUCUAUAUGGAUGAACUGUCGGGGAGUGUUGAGACGAGGCCUGUCCGGACCGGACCUGCUGCAGAUAGGCCGCUCCGUCUCUGUCAGGGUGUCACUGAUAAAGACGAGCAUCUGGGACACAGGGGUGACACGGGAAACCAAUGUGCAGCUGCACCAGUCAACAGGUGUUUGUCAACAGAAGUCUGACGUUGGAAAACAUCAAAUGCUAUGGCUUUGACAUGGACUACACACUGGCAAUAUACAAGUCUCCUGACUACGAGAGCAUAGGCUUUGAGCUGAUAAGAGACAGAACGGUAUCUAUUGGAUACCCUCAUGAGCUUCUGCGUUACACAUACGACCCCAGCUUCCCCACACGCGGUUUAGUGAUUGACACCACGUUUGGGAACCUCCUGAAGGUGGACUCGAACGGGAACAUUUUAGUCUGCAGUCAUGGCUUCCGCUUCCUCAAAGGAAACGACAUUCAGAAGUACUACCCUAACAAAUUCAUUCAAAGAGACGACACCGACCGCUUCUACAUCCUCAACACGCUCUUCAACCUGUCAGAGACGUAUCUUUAUGCCUGUCUUGUGGACUUCUUCACCAGAUCCACCAGACACACAAUCCUCAUGAAAGGUUUUCAGCACGGCGACUUGUUCAUGUCGUACAGAAGCAUGUUUCAGGAUGUUCGAGACGCCAUGGACUUCAUUCACAACACGGGGAUCCUGAAAGAGCAAACCAUCAAGAAUUUGGAGAAAUAUGUUAUCAGAGAUCCAAAUAUUCCUGUACUCUUGACUCGGAUUAAAGAAGUGGCCAAGGUCUUUCUUGCCACCAAUAGUGACUACAGCUACACUGAGGCCAUUAUGAAAUAUCUGCUUGAAAAUAACGCUAUGACAGGAAGUCCGAAAAAGUCCUGGCGCUCCUUCUUCGACCUCGUCGUCGUGGACACCAGAAAGCCGCUGUUCUUCGCUGAGGGAACUGUGCUGAGACAAGUGGACACGGACACGGGAAAGCUUCGGAUUGGGACGUACACCGGCGACCUCCAGCAUGGGACCGUGUACUCUGGAGGAUCCUCGGACAUUGUCUGUGAUCUGCUGGACGUCAAAGGUAAAGACAUUCUGUACGUUGGAGAUCACAUCUUUGGCGACAUCCUAAAAUCUAAGAAACGUCAGGGCUGGAAGACUUUCCUGGUUGUGCCUGAGCUCACCAAGGAGCUGCAUGUGUGGGAGGAGAAGAAAAAUCUGUUUGAGGAGCUGAAACAUCUCAACGUCUUCUUAGCUGAACAUUACAAGCACCUGGAUACCGACAGGAGUGAGUGUCCCGACAUCUGUGCCAUUCAGACACGAAUGAAGGUGCUGACCUACAGAAUGGACCUGUCCUACGGCCAGAUGGGCAGCCUCCUGCGCAGCGGCUCCCGACAGACGCUGUUCGCCAGCCAGCUGAUGCGUUAUGCAGAUCUUUACUCCUCCACCUGCAUGAACCUGCUGCACUACCCCUUCAAUUACCUCUUCAUGGCUCCUCCGGUCCUGAUGCCCCACGAGGUAGCAUCUCAACACGUGGCCGACUUGGCAGACCUCACUGCCGUCACCAAAAAUAUUGUCAAAAACUAAGUUCUCAGGACAGCUGAAAGAUGAGCCAGACCAGGAACAUGUGAAGACCCUACAGAAAUCUCGUAAAGACCUUCUGAACGUCGCAGACAGUUUUGAAGGUGACUUUUUGCGCCCGCGCUGCAUUUCUGAGGGGUUUGUUGAAGCGCUGCUGUCUCCACCAAUUAACCUAUUGCUCCACCUACUGGAUAUGAAUUGCAUUGCCAUGUAACGUUUAACAGCUACACUCAUACAUGUAAGUACAUUGGGAUAUUUUGACAGCAAGAACAGGUUUUUUAAUUUUUUUUUAUUUAUAUAUAUAUAUAUAUAUGUCUUAAUCUGUUUUCAUUUUACACAUAAGGUUGCAUUUGCACUUUUUAAUCUCAGGUGUGUGUGAUAUGGUUUUCAUGUAAUAAUUGUAUUUAUUUGUUGUUUGAGCAUGUCCUGUAAAAUUAUUCCAAUAAGUCCUUCACAGCC